GCAUUUUGUAGUACGGAAGCGUGGUUUACUUGUCGAAAUGGCCGAGGUGGAUAUCGAGGAAUUCAUUGAACAAAACAGGCAUUUGGCCGAGCUUGUAGAUACAUAUCGUGGCAUCUCAGAGAGUGAAAAACAAUGGAAGGCCAGGAGGGAAUUCCUAUUCAGAAAUAUAAACGACUUUGAGGACCCACACAUUGACCAGCUGCUAGCAUUGUCCAUGGUAUGGGCCAACAACGUGUUUCUUGGCUGUCGGUGAGUAAACAAUAAUACACAUCACGUGCAUUGACUACUGGUACUUGAGUUGUUAUUUAGCUAAAAUGCCUUCUAGCAUACCAUCAUGUACCUAAUGUGUGGCAUGCAAUGUAACUAACUGCUGUUUCUGCAUGCUCUCUCAGAUACAGUCCAGACCUCCUGGAGAAAAUGAAGGAAAUGGCUGAAGGAAUUGUGGUGGAGGAUGCUCCUGUUUUCAAAACCAGAGAUGAGGUCAUGAAAAACCAGGUAAGUUCUAUUUCAUACCAAAAUAAUGCCUCAUCUUCUUGUCUUGUCUUAGACUAGGCCUUCCAACAUAUUACUUUCUCCUAUCCACUUAAUUUAGGUCAUUCAGGUCAGUGAUCACAGACACAGACCAAAGGAAACGAGGCAAGUUAACAGUGUUAGGACACACCACUAUAACCAUUCUCUCUCCCUCUCCUUCAGAAACGAUGAUUGGAGGACCUGCUCUGUUAUGGAUGGAUUACCUUACUGUCCAACUUACUCUUUCCAGAUACAUAUGAUUUUGAAAUGUUAUUUUAUUAACAUGCAAGCUUCUUAUAGGUUUUUUAUCAUGUAUUACGACAAAUGUAACAUAAGCGAUUAACUUUUGAAACAUUUUAUAUAUUAAAAUCAUUUUAGUUGAUUGGCCUGCUUCAAUAUCUAAUGUACUCGAUCGACAAUUCCCAUUAUCUGAAUAACAUUGGUGAGAACAUGUUGAAAUAAUAAACAUUGUAAAGCCAGGAAUGUGCAUGUGAUGAGUUACAAUUUUUACAUAAUCUCCUGAGAGUGCCGCCUUGCACCUCACUUUAAAACCAAGGGAGGUGUACAGAAAAGGGCUUUCCAUGUGGUCUUCACUCAUCCCUCAGUUCUCCCUAAUUAUCCCAGAGUGAACCUCAAUUGUAUUUCCUUGAUUCCACCCCUUACCGCCUCCUCAAAACCUCAAUCUUCUGCUCCAAUGUGCUUUCUAAAGUCUAUGCUGGUAUAUGGCCCUGAUGCUUGCCCACUGGGCAGUAAGGGGAACACAGCCCCCUGCUUGCCAGGGAUGAUCCAGAUCAGUCUGCUCUACUACCUCGGUCUAGCCAGUAUUUAUACUGACUAAAAAUAUAAACGCAACAUGUAA